AUGUUGAAACCGAACAGACAAGGCCCGGCGGACACGCAUUCGCAGGCCCCGACCAUCGCGGCCAGCAGCAACAGCAUGGCGGAAGACGAGAAGGGGACCGGCUCCAUACCCUCCGUAGCGGACAGCGCAAGCUUUGUGGAGGACCAGCCGGCCGUACCCACCCGUGCCGACCAUGAGAAGAACUCGGACCUAGCCAGACACACCACAGCCCUAUCGCAACCUGGCGGCGAGCCUCUACGGGAGGUUGAGACGCGGGAGGACGGCACCGCAUACCCAACCGGGACGAAGCUGGUCCUCAUCACCGUCGCCUUAUGUCUCAGCGUCUUCCUGAUCGCUCUCGACAAUUCCAUCAUCGCCACCGCCAUCCCCAAGAUCACCGACACUUUCCACAGCUUGCCAGAUGUAGGCUGGUACGGAAGCGCAUAUCUACUCACGACCGCCGCUCUGCAGCUCCUCUUCGGAAAAUUCUACACCUUCUUGAGCAUCAAAUGGGUCUACCUGGUCGCCAUCGCCAUCUUCGAGCUCGGCAGCCUGAUCUGCGGUGUCGCCCAAAACUCGGUGACGCUGAUCAUCGGCCGUGCCGUCGCGGGUCUGGGCUCGGCGGGCAUCUUCUCCGGCGCCCUUCUGAUCCUGGCUUACAGCGUGCCCCUGGCCAAGCGACCUCUCUACACUGGCCUUAUUGGGGGCAUGUACGGCAUCGCGUCCGUCGCCGGGCCCCUGCUCGGCGGUGUCUUCACGGACAAGGUCACAUGGCGGUGGUGCUUCUUCAUCAACCUGCCCAUCGGGGCCGUCACUCUCCUCGUCAUCGCCCUCUUCUUCCCGGACCCGGUGCGCCCUAAGCCGCAAGACGAGCCGCUGCUCGACCGCAUCAAGCGCUUCGACCCCGUCGGCACCUUCGUCUUCAUGCCCGCCGUCGUCUGCCUGCUCCUCGCCCUGCAGUGGGGCGGCACGACCUACGCCUGGAACAGCGGCCGCGUCAUCGCGCUCUUCGUUGUCUUCGCCGUCCUGUUCGCCGCCUUCCUGUACAUCCAGUACGUACAGCAGGAUAACGGCACCGUGCCGCCGCGCAUCAUCAAGAACCGCAGCGUUUUGGCGGGCGGCAUCUUCUCCUUCGGCAUGGGGUCCAGCUUCUUCCUGUUCGUCUACUACAUUCCCAUCUGGUUCCAGGCAGUACAGGGCGCUAGCGCCGUCGACUCGGGCAUUCGUAACUUGCCCAUGUUGAUCAGCGUAGUCGUGCUGUCGAUCCUGUCGGGCGGCCUGAUCUCGACGUUCGGCUACUAUGCGCCUUUCAUGAUCCUCGGCAGCGUCCUCACGGCCAUCGGCGGCGGCCUUCUGACCACCUUCAGCCCGAGCACGCCCAGUCCCGUCUGGAUCGGUUACCAGAUCCUGUACGGCGCCGGCGUGGGCAUGGGCUUGCAGCAGCCGCUCAUCGCUGUGCAGACCGUUCUCGACAUCAAGGACGUGCCCACCGGCACCUCGGUCAUCAUCUUCCUGCAGACCAUCGGCGGCGCGCUCUUCGUGAGUGUCGGCCAGAACAUCUUCACCAACAAGCUCAUCUCGGAGCUCGCCAAGCGCGUUCCGAGCAUCAAUGCCACCGAUGUGCUCGGUGCCGGCGCGACGAACCUGCAGAAGACGCUAUCGCCAGACCUGAUUCCCGCGGUCGUCCUCUCAUACAGCAAUGCGCUGACGAGUGCCUUCGUCGUCGCUACGGCCCUUGCUGUCUUCACGAUCAUCGGCGCUGUGGCGAUCGAGUGGAAGAGCGUCAAGGGGAAGAACAUCGAGAUGGGCAUGGCUUGA